ACGCUCGGGGUCCUUUUUCUGCUACCGUCGCGACCGGUGGAUCUGGAAGGUUCUGUUUGGGGAAUCCGAGCCGAACGUUAUCUGAACCCAUCCGAACCGCAGAGACGGCCUAGAGACACCGGGACACGUCCAUCUGCGUCUGUGAAGUCCACGAAAUAAAACUGCGUAAAUAUUAGCCAUCAUGCCUGAAGCCCUAGCGUUACCAAGCGGGAAUAAAAACAAAGGAGGUGCGUAUGUGGACCGGGACAAACCCGCGCAGAUCCGCUACAGCAACAUCAGCGCCGGGAAAGCUGUCGCUGAUGCCAUUAGAACAAGUCUGGGCCCUAAGGGCAUGGACAAAAUGAUUCAGGAUGGGAAGGGAGACGUGACCAUCACCAAUGAUGGAGCCACAAUCCUCAAACAGAUGCAGGUGCUUCAUCCUGCCGCCAAAAUGAUGGUGGAGCUGUCUAAAGCUCAGGAUAUUGAGGCUGGCGACGGCACUACAUCAGUGGUGGUGAUCGCUGGAGCUCUUCUUGAUGCUUGCUCUAAACUGCUACAGAAAGGAAUCCACCCCACCAUCAUUUCCGAGUCCUUCCAGAAGGCUGUGGAUAAAGGUGUGGAGAUCUUGACCUCCAUCAGUCAGCCGGUGCUGCUCAGCGACAAAGAGACGCUCCUGAACAGCGCCACCACCUCGCUCUGCUCUAAGGUGGUGUCUCAGUACUCCAGCCUGCUCGCGCCCAUGAGCGUCGACGCCGUCAUGAAGGUCAUCGACCCCGCCACCGCCACGAGCGUUGAUCUCCACAAUAUCCACAUUGUCAAGAAACUCGGAGGAACCAUUGAUGACUGUGAGCUGGUGGAUGGUCUGGUGUUGACUCAGAGGGUGAGCACUGCGGUGUCCCGUGUGGAGAAGGCCAAAAUCGGCCUCAUCCAGUUCUGCCUGUCCCCUCCCAAAACUGAUAUGGACAAUCAGAUUGUGGUGUCGGACUACGCUCAGAUGGACCGUGUGCUCCGUGAGGAGAGAGCUUACAUCCUCAACCUCAUCAAACAGAUCAAGAAAGCCGGCUGCACUGUGUUGCUCAUCCAGAAGUCCAUCCUGAGAGAUGCCUUGAGCGAUCUGGCCCUUCACUUCCUGAAUAAGAUGAAGAUCAUGGUGAUCAAAGACAUUGAGAGAGAGGACAUUGAAUUCAUCUGCAAGACUAUUGGCACCAAACCUAUAGCUCAUAUUGACCAGUUCACUCCAGAGAUGCUGGGAACCGCCGAGCUAGCGGAAGAGGUUAGCCUGGACGGAUCUGGCAAACUAGUGAAGAUCACGGGUUGUGUAAAUCCCGGAAAGACGGUCAGUAUCGUCGUCCGUGGUUCCAACAAACUGGUGAUUGAGGAGGCCGAGCGAUCCAUCCACGAUGCCCUCUGCGUCAUCCGCUGUCUGGUCAAGAAGAGAUAUCUGAUUGCAGGCGGUGGAGCUCCAGAGAUUGAGCUGGCUCUGAGGUUGGCGGAGUAUUCCCGCAGUCUGGCCGGCAUGGAGGCGUACUGCGUGCGCGCGUACGCCGACGCCCUCGAGGUCAUUCCCUCCACUCUGGCGGAGAACGCUGGUCUUAAUCCCAUCUCCACUGUCACGGAGCUGCGCAACAGACACGCUCAGGGAGAGAAGACGGCCGGGAUUAACGUCCGCAAGGGUGGGAUUUCUAACAUCCUGGAGGAGCUGGUGGUCCAGCCUCUGCUGGUCUCGGUCAGCGCACUCACCCUGGCCACGGAAACGGUCCGCAGCAUCCUCAAGAUUGAUGAUCUCGUGAACACACGAUAGAGUGAAUGUGUCUAGUGAAGGAAGAUCCGAGUCCACGCAAGAACUCUGUUAAAACCAACUGAUCUGUCGCUGUCUGUAGCUGUUACCUGGAGUAAUUUAAUAAAACUUGUUUUUUGACAUGGUAA